AUGGACUUACGCAAAGCAUAUGACUCGGUUAACUGGGAAUUUCUCCAAGCUAUGUUGGAGGGCUUGGGUUUCCCAGUUAAAUUUACGGGAUGGAUUAUGCAAUGCGUAACUUCUGUAUCUUAUUCGAUCUCAGUUAACGGUGAAACGAAGGGGUUUUUUCCAGCCAUGCGUGGAUUGAGGCAAGGAGAUCCUUUAUCGCCCUACUUGUUCAUUAUAUGCAUGGAGUAUCUCUCCCGGCUACUCCAUGCACGUCCGAUUGAACAAGAACUCAACUACCAUCGCAUGUGCCAUCUCCACAAGAUAACACAUCUGAUCUUUGCGAAUGAUCUAAUGGUAUUUUCUCGAGGAGAUGUGGAAUCGGUCCGUAUCCUCGCCAAGACGGUCUACGAAUUUGGGCAGGUUUCGGGGCUUAAGGCAAAUCAUGCGAAGUCUAAUAUCAUAUUAGCGGGAGUUAAACCGGGGGACCGAUUAGAGAUCGAAAACGAAUUUCGCUUUGCCAAUGGAGAGUUUCCGUUUCGAUACCUUGGGAUUCCACUCGCUGCAUCUAAAUUACGAGUGCUCAACCAUCAACCACUGCUCGACAAAAUCGAGCAAGCCAUAGGAGCGUGGACUCGGCAAACUCUCUCUUAUGCCGGACGGUUGGAGAUUUUGAAAACCGUGGUUCAAGCUACGUGGCUACUGGUUAUCCAUAUUUUCGAUCUCACAUGCAGUUAUCGAUCGUAUAUAGACAAUAUGCAAAAUGUUUUUAUGCGGUGCGGCGGCCCCAAAAAAAGACUCUAUGUUGAUACAGUGGGUGAAAGAGUCUAUCUCAAGGGACGAACCAUAUGGGAGUGGUCACCGCCACUUACAGCUUCACCCUUCUUCAAGAGCAUCAUCCGGAUCCGGGACGAACUGGUGGAGAGCGCGAGGACUACUCAGUUACUUAUUGCUAAGCUGGAAUCUUGUACGGAGCUUGGAAAAUUAAAUGUGAGCAAAGUAUACGACUGGAUUAGGGCUAAGGCCCCGAUCAAACCGUGGGGUAAACUUCUUUGGGCGCCAUCUAUGACUCCAAAGCACUCGUUUAUCUUAUGGAUGGCAACCAUGGAUCGAUUGGCCACAAUGGAACGAGUGGAGAAACGCUCACGUGAAGUCGUCAACUCCAAAUGCGUCUUAUGUGGUGUGGAGGACGAGACUAAGAAGCACUUUUUUUUCGCAUGCAGCAUGUCUCGAGAGGUGUGGACCAACAUAUGGAUAUGGUUGGGUAUCCGCCGAAGACCAACCAGAUUGCAUGCCACACUUAAAUGGCUCAAGAAGGACGUACGAGGGAAGUCGUACCGCAGCAAGACACAGCGAUGUGCACUAGCAAGUCUCGUGUACCACAUUUGGGAGGCUCGGAACAAGUGGAAAUUUGAGAAAAUUGGAACUACUCCGAAGGACCUCACAAGGAAGAUUCAGCUACAUCUUUACUCGGCUAUGUUCAGCCAGCACCCGAAGCUAGAGAUUUCAAGGACGAACGGACAACCGGGCAGCCUUAUGCACCCAUGA